AUGCCUGAUUUGGUCGACUCGCUUGCGAAGCUUAUUGACAUAUAUCGUACCCGACACAACAUAAGUGCAUCAACUGAAGCAGCAAAGGAGCCGGAUGCGCUUGAUGAUGACCUAGUGAACGCGUGGGCUGCAAAUUUAGGUGAUGAUGGUUUGUGGGGAAAGAAUGCACCAGCAAUGAGCAGGGUAAACGAAUUCCUUGCUGGCGCUGGAACUGAUGCUCCAGAUGUUGAAGAGGAGCAUUAUACCUCUAGGCCAUCAGUUAGCUACGAUGAUAUGUGGGCCAAGACACUUUUAGAACCUUCAGAGAUGGAGGAAGAAGAUGCAAGGUCAUAUGGGUCAUCAUCUCCCAAGUCGACAGGAUCGGUGGAGACUUCUAUGUCAUCUCAUUUUGGUGGCAUGAACUACCCCUCUUUGUUCAGCUCAAAACCAUCGGGAUUGUCGUUGCAGCACUCGGAUAGGUCAUCAGGACCAGCUGCUAGCAGAUUUAGCAGCCCUUCUUACAGUACUCCAUCAAUAUAUGAGAGUCCGGUAUCUCCGGUCAGUGGCCAUACUCUGUCAUACAAGUCGUCUUUGCAUAUUAUGAUCAAACCAAAGCUAAUAGCAUUUAAUCUGCACAAAUGUUCAGGUUAG